CCAAAGCAUUGUGCCUUCGCAAUAAUUGGAAAUCCAGUUCGGAGCAGAACACUCAAAGUCAAUAAAAGCCAAUAGCGGAAUUGGGGUCCUGUAUUCGAUGCCCAAUAUUUUAUUGGCUAGAAAAUAAACCAUGAAAAAAGCUACCCCGUAUUGCCACAAAAUAAUUGUUCAUAACUACCUUGUAUUGCCACAGAACAAUUGUUGAUCUGGGUACUUGAGACAUGCGCAACCACUUGUCUGAUGAAGAUUUCAGUCUUAUUAGUAAGUAGAUACUUACGCAGGUCGUCACAAUACAUGUUAGUUACGUCACUAGCUUCUACACAAAAAGGGCAUUUCGAGUGCUAGGGAUAUAAAGUGCUAUUACGCGAUAAAUUGUUUCUUUUUAAUCAUGUUCUUUCCUUUUCGUGAAGGUCGGCGAUUAACCUCGCAGGCUUGUACCUUUCCUCCUCUCUUGCAAUUAUUGAGAAACUCUAGCUUAUUUAAAAUUUUUGGAUGUAUUUGUUGUUAUUGCUAUUUAGCUGUUACAAACAAUAAAAGUGAUUUAGGUUUUGUAUCAAAAGUGAUAAGGUCCAUUUUCCGAAGAUUCAUUAUCAAUAAUAGGAGUCCUUUAAAAUUGAUAAGGACCUACUUAUCCGGCGGCGCAAAACUCCAUUUUCCUUAUACCUCUUGUUUGUUCUUUUUAUGGCAUUCUUAUGUUAUAUUACAGUCUUUUUUUAAUUUUAAUCUGACUUAAACGUGCUUAAAUGAUCAAGAUAUUUAUUUAAAUUAAAAUCUUCAUGUCACAUUCGCAUUAAAAGAAUAAUCGUACUCUUUAAACCGCACACCUUCUUAGCAAACAUACACACAGUAAUAAUUACAUGCAUGCGCGCAUGAGUGUGCGUAUAAUUGUUUUCUCUGUGAUCCGCCAGAUGUCGUUUACGUUUUUCACAUUAGAAUGUACUUUCAUUCAUCUCUCUUGUAGGGUGACCAUGAUAAUUGCAGAGAUAUAAAAUGUGUGAGUCACUGUUUUUAGGUAUUUUUAUUAAUUUCAUCUUUUAUGUGUAUCAAAUUUAAUUUCAUUAUAAAUGUUUAUAUCAAUCAGAAUGAAACUAAAUGGAUGAAUUUUACCUUUGGCACAACAGGCUCAUCGUGACCAACGCCGCAAGGGAUCAACUAAAUUUAGCGUUAACACUAAGUUAAGCGUCAUUUAAUUUCACAAAAAAAAUACAUAAAAACAUUUUUUUUCGUUUAAAAUUAUAAUUAGUAUAUAACAAAGUAUACAAAACCAACCAAAGACACAGGCUUAGCUAAUUAAACAUACAUUGCCUCAAAAACACCAUUAAAAUUUGUUUGAACAGUAGUUAAAAGUAAAUGAAAAGCAAUUUCCCGUCACCUCGAGUACGUGUGGUCACACUACACACUCGCCGCCGAGGCUCGUGAUAAGAACCAACUCAUCUGCGCGAGCGCAGCGGCCUUGCGCACCCGUGUCUUACCGCGACCACCGCCCACACGACAAUAUAAACUCUAUCACCCUCCGAAAAAGAUACAAUUUGAAUACCGCGAACUUGUGAUAAGAAAAUAAUAUAUUUUGAUGUGUCAGUGAGUGAAACAAGAUUCGUUUUGUGAAAUUUGUGUCUGAGUGAGUGAACAUAUUUAUAUCACAGUCUGGUACUUCCACAAGAACAUCAUAAUGGAUGGCCAAAGCUGUAGUUGUUGAGAACACAAAAAUUGAUGAAAUAAAAGAGAAGGCAGAUAGUGAUCUGUGAAGGCCGAAAAGAAACGAAAUGCCAGACACACUGUCAUUAUCAGCUGGGGUCAGCCUCGGUCUUCUAGCAGGCAUCGUGUCUGGAGUCUGCUAUCUCGUCGCCAAUGGACUGACGUGGCCGAAGAACGAGCGUGACGGCAGAAGAUGUAUUCAGUCGCGGGACGACGGCGUGUGUCGUAGCUGCGGCGGCGACAAGCACGGCGGGGCGCUACCCUGCAUCUGCUACCCACCGGAACCGGUGAAGUUCGAGUCGGGCGCGUGGUUCCUUCAGCAAGUGCAGCGAGCUCUCAGCGUGAUGCCGUGGAGCAUCUCCACCGACAAGCUGGAGCAAAUAGAUGAAGAAUGCGACGGCUACGACACUCCUGGCCCGAGUGACCCCACGCGUGGAGAACUGAAGAAGAUCAGGGAGUUCUUGGAGACUAUAUCAGCGAAGUUGGCCGGAGGACCGCUAGAGGGCACCAAUGUCACGCCACUGUACGACCAUCCCGCAUAUAUUCGCAUGUUCGAGCGAUACCACGCGAGGCUGCGCGGCGCUCUGACGUCACUGACGAUCGCGCUACGAAACGCGCUCACACGUAAGAUGGAAAAUAUAGUAUCGCAUGCGCUGUGACUUGUUCCUUGCAAUUUUUUAUAUUGCACGUGUUGCGUUGUUUACUAUCCUAUAUGAGUAUUAAUUUACAUUACAUUUAGCCAUGUUCUAUUGAUAUUCGCUACGAUUUCGAUCUACCCAUAUUUUAAGUGUGGGUACAUGUUUGACUAAUGUUUUAAGCACUUUUUUCUGUAUGACGCACGAAUUUGUUUAAUUUAAUUUCUCUUGAGCAUGUCUGUCUAAUAUUAUUAUAUUGCUGAUGUGAAGUGACAAAUUAAGGCCUGGCUACAGAACAGCUUAUUUUUUAUCAACGACUUUUUAAGGUAGGUUUUAUUCA